UGCCCCCUAGCGGCAGCACGCACCGCGCGUGCGCAUCGCGAGCGCGGGGGGCGGUGCUGCAUUUCUUCUCCGUCCGGGAGCGGUGCGCCAUGGCCAGCGGGGUUAUUAAAUGCAAGGCUGCUGUUGCCUGGGAGACAGGUAAACCUCUCUCUAUUGAGGAGGUGGAGGUCGCUCCGCCAAAAGCUCACGAAGUCCGCAUCAAGAUAGUUGCCACUGCUCUCUGUCACACUGAUGCCUAUACUCUGAGUGGUGCUGAUCCAGAGGGACGUUUUCCUGUGAUUUUGGGUCAUGAAGGAGCAGGAAUUGUAGAAAGUGUUGGGGAAGGAGUAACAAAAGUAAAGCCAGGGGAUACUGUUAUCCCUCUGUACAUCCCCCAGUGUGGCGAGUGCAAGUUCUGCAAGAAUCCUAAAACUAAUCUGUGCCAAAAGAUCAGAGUUACUCAAGGGAAAGGACUCAUGCCUGAUGGUACCAGCAGAUUCUCCUGCAAAGGAAAGCAGAUUUACCACUUCAUGGGGACUAGCACCUUCUCAGAGUACACGGUGGUGGCUGAUAUCUCAGUAGCUAAGAUAGAUCCUGCAGCACCUCUUGAUAAAGUGUGCCUUCUGGGUUGUGGCGUCUCUACAGGCUAUGGGGCUGCUGUUAAUACUGCUAAGGUGGAACCUGGGUCCACAUGUGCAGUCUUUGGUUUAGGAGGAGUUGGGCUGGCUGCUAUUAUGGGCUGUAAAGCAGCAGGAGCAUCCCGGAUCAUUGGCAUUGACAUAAACAAGAAUACCUAUGCCAAAGCCAAGGAGUUUGGAGCUGCUGAGUGCAUUAGCCCUCAAGACUUUGAGAAGCCCAUACAGGAGGUGCUGGUUGAAAUGACUGAUGGUGGUGUAGACUACUCGUUUGAGUGUGUUGGUAACGUUGGAGUCAUGAGGGCUGCCUUGGAAGCCUGCCACAAAGGCUGGGGAGUCAGUGUGAUAGUUGGAGUAGCUGCUGCUGGUCAGGAGAUCUCAACGCGGCCGUUCCAGCUGGUAACCGGUCGGACAUGGAAAGGGACUGCAUUUGGAGGCUGGAAGAGUGUAGACAAUGUACCAAAACUGGUGACUGACUACAUGUCCAAAAAGAUCAAAGUAGAUGAGUUUGUGACUCACACCCUGCCUUUUGACAAAAUUAAUGAGGCUUUUGAUCUGAUGCAUGGAGGAAAAAGCAUUCGAACAGUUCUAAAGCUUUAGAACCAGCCAUGAACCUUCCAGUUGGCCAGACACUGUCCUUCUAUAAUGGAAUUUCUGACAAGGAGUAGGACCCUGCAACUGAAAACUCACUAGGACUUUAGGAUGAUUUUAGGAGGAGCAUUCUAAAUAUUAAAUGAUUUGUUCUUCUGGGAAAAUAAAAAUAAAAACCAGUAACCACAGGGUAGUGUUAUAUAAAUAACAAAUACUGGUUUUGGAACUUCUGUAUCUGUUCCUCAACUGUAGUUGUGCCUAACUCAAUUUACCUAAUAAAAGCAUAUUUCUAAACAGUG